CAGAUCACUAUCUGUGUUGGUGAGGUAUUUCCUGAAGCUCUAUCUAAAGAAGCAGCUUCUCUCCGAAUGUACUCUCCAAUUUGAGUGUAAUCACGUUCAGUGCUUGGAUUAUGCAUCUUUGGAGUUUGUUAUUGCUUUUGCCUGCAGGCGCCUGUGAGGCGGUGUACUGGCAGAAGCUGACAUGUCCCUAUGAAGGGAAGCAUGAGAGGCUGCUGAGGGUCUGGUGCAGGCAGAGCUCCGCUGACUGCUGCCACGGCCUCGCCUUCAGCCAGAGGCAGCACUCGGUGGAUGGAGGUCACCUGAAGGUGACGCAGGGCUCCGAGUCCUUCACUGUGGCACUGCUGCAGCCCAGCCAUGGAGAGGGAGUGUACUGGUGCGGCGUGCUGAGCACCAACAACACCGUCAUCAAGCUGGCUGAAGGCUACUUUCACAGCUCUUUAAUUCACUGUUUCUCUGCCGUGCCCCUGCAGCCUCGGCUGCUUACGUCUGGAGCUGGACUCGCUGGAUUCUGCUGCCUCUGCUGCCCAUGGCGACCAUGUUCACCAACCUUUACUCCACAAAAGGCAGCGGAGCAGCGUUGUGAUGACGUCACAGAGCUGGCUGAUCCACAGUAUGAGAACGCAGCGUCUUUCUGACAGCUGGAAUGAUCACAUGUUCUAGCUUCAUUUCAACACGCAGUCAUCCAACUCAUGCUGUUUUCUUUCUAAGUGUUUCAAGAGGGAAUUCUUUUAUUUUUAAAGACAAGAAAUGUUCUUUAUGAAGAAAUAAGUUUGCAUUUAUUGGACAAACCAAACAGAGGCAAUCUCACACAGUGUAGAGAUGAAACAUGUCACGGGGUGAAAAAUAAAUGAAGGGCUUCAUUCCAACAGUCAUACAUCCAUCUGGAAAAAGA